GAGGGACGCGAUGUUGAUAUUUCGGAGGGAACCACGUGAAUCUAGUUGGAGUCCGAUAUCGUUUGCUCGACAGACUGUGAUACAUAGGAGAAAUUGAGGAUAUCGAUACGCGCAUCCUCCCUCCUGAAGCGUCGAUAUCAUGGAGUCUUCAAAGAUUGAAGUGCCUCGAGGCAAGCCAAAAUCCGGGAGGAUAUGGAAAGCACCCAAGUCACGCUUCAAGUCUAUGAUUGCCGUCACGCCACUCAAAACACCAUUUAAAAGAGCCAUGGAGGAAAGGAACGACAGGAGAAAAGUUCAGGAACUCCAACGACAAAUCGAUGAGGGUAAGAAAGCUGCUCUGGAGGCCAAACGCAAAAGAUGUGAAGCAAAUCGAAAGGCACGCGAGGCAAACGAGCGGAAAGGCGAGGUUGUCACGGUGAUCAAGAAUACGGCGAAGCUCAAGCGAAUGAAGAAGAAGCAGUUGAGGAGUCUCAAGAAGAGAGAUGUUACUGUUGUCGAUAACUCCUGAGCUUUUAUCCGCGUUUCGUGUAACUCGAUGAAGCUUCAUCAUCCGAUCAGUCCUUCGAGGAGGACUUUUCUGAGUUCCGAAGAGCUGUACAAUAAAUAUCUGAUCGGAUCGGGCUUCACAU